GCAACCUGUGGCCCCAGCACUUGCGCCGCACUUUGGCCUAAGCCUCCGCAACACGGAAACUACACGGAGACCCCCCGGCAACCGCGGCGCUGAGAGGAGCCAUUUCUGCAGCAAGCAUGAGCAGUGAUUUCCUAGUUCCUCCUGCAAAGAGUGGGAACUCCGUCAGAUUAAAAGCCAAGAAUAUCCGAGAGCUCCGGAUGGAAAGCCUGCAACUUCAGAGGCAAAACCAGGAAAUGGAACAGAAACUGAAUCAAUUGCGUCAAAGUAUGAGUAGAGAGAAAGAAGAAAGAGGACGGUCGAAUCCAUAUCACUGGAUAUCUGGACAGGCUGGAAAUCAACGACAAGACAAGGAAAACAUUGGAAAGGUUUCUGCUGGAAAAAUAAAACUGAAAGUGCUCCAAAACCCAGUUUCAGAGCCUGAGAAACCAUCAUCAAGGACGGCUAAUACCCUAGCUGCAGAGAAGCCGAAGGUCAAGGGCAAAGCAUGCGGACAGUGUGAAAGUAAAAGUGCAUUACUGAAAUGUUUGGAGUGUGGAGAGGAUUACUGUACCGCAUGUUUUACCAGAUUCCACCAGAAGGGGGCAUUGAAGCUACACAGAACAAUGCCCAUACAGUCUCUUAACCCAGAGCCAAGAAAAGAACACCUAACUAAACGUAGUGGAUCUCUCCUGGAUGGAACUUUCAAUGAGGAGGAAUCAGCGAAAUAUUUUAAUGAAGCUUUACUGGAAUGGAGAAAUGAAGCCAGGAAUAAAUCACGACAAGUGGAAGCAGAUGACACUGGAAGUUUGGAGGUUCAGACUGUACUCACUGCUGCUGCAAAACCAUUGCAAAUUGAGUUUAAAGAAAGUAGCUUAAGCUACAUGGAGAAGCUGAUGCUAAAAAAGCACAGAAGAACUCCUGUUAGUCAAAUUUCACAUAACCAUUUAGAAGAAUUGAGAUAUUCCCCCUCCAUAUCAGAGAAUGGACUGGAUAAGUGCAACGAUUUGACAGCUGAAGAAAUGGAAGCUCAUGAAAAUUAUGUGGCUUUGUUCCGUGCCGAGGAACAUGUCAGGAACGAUAUGAUACAUGAACCUGCUUUAAAGAUUGUGGAGUUGGAUAAGGAUCCUGAAGAGUCACUAGAUGAAUCUAGAAAUUUUGUGGUGACAGACACAGAAAACAAUGCAUGGAACAACCAUCAAAGUCUUUCAGAAUCUGAAGUAAAAUUGCCAGUUUCGGACAGAAUUUCCCCCAGGUCACCAGAGCGAGCAUGUGAAAAACAGCGCAAUGUACCCCUGAGGUCCACUUCUUGUGUUAAAGAAGGUGUAAAGUCUACCUGUGUGAAAGCAUCACAUUCCCAAGACAGCAAAUCAAUGAAGUACAAAAGCUUUAAGGACAGCCAGAGCUCGGAUCCAGCUUUCAUGGUAAACGUGCCCCAGGAGCUGCAGAGCACUGUCGUCAAACAGCCAAACCGGAUAGAAUAUCAAGGCUUUACGGGAUUCUUCAUGCUGGAUAUUGACCCUGUGGAGGUUAAAGCUGAGCAUUGCCUACCACAGACCCCUGAUAUCACUGCAGCAGAUGAGAAGGUCACCUAUACAGGUAAUGCUGAAUGGAGACCAAAAAGCAGCUUAAGUGUCUGUGCAGAUGAUGCGGUUGUCCAAGAUAUCGUAGCAGAAGCAAGGUCUCAGUCCAGCAAUCCCUUUAUAGAGCGCAGCCUUUCUCCUAGGAAUUUCCCACACAGAGGGAUCGCAAGUCCCUCCAGUAGCUCCUAUUCUUCAAAGUCCAUUCAUCGAAUCUCAGGAUCAUACAGCAGUUCAAGACCCAAUUCUGCAGCAGCUCGACCAAUGUCCAGAGCAGCCUCGGAGAUCUCUGAAAUUGAGUCAGUUGAUUGUACAGACAGAGAAGACUACCUAUUUGAAGCUGAACAUGAAAGGGAAACAUUGGCUAUCUUGGAAAAAGAAUAUCAUUAUUUGCACUCAGCAAUAUUUGCUAAAUAUGUUAAUUCAAUAUUCUUCACGUGCCUUUUGAUCAAACUGUGUGAGACCAUUUGCCCCAUCAAGGUGAUGUCUUUAGUUGGGACCUUAUAUUAA